AUGUUCCAGGAUCUGUCUAUAGACUUCUCUCAGGAGGAAUGGGAGUGCCUGGACGCUGCUCAGAAGGACUUAUACAGAGAUGUAAUGAUGGAGAACUACAGCAGCCUGGUCUCACUAGACUCGGAGUUUAGAUGUAAGACCAAAGAUUCAUGUUUGCCAAAAGAAAUCUAUGAAGCAACAUCAUCUCAGUGGGUGAGAAUGGAAAAAUGUCAUAGCCUUGUGGGCUCCAGUGUCAGAGAUGACUGGGAAUGCAAAGGCCAGUUUCAGCACCAAGAUAUAAAUCAGGAGCGAUAUUUGGAAAAAGCAGUAAUGACUCAUGAAAAAACACCAACUUUCUGCCUACAAACAUAUCUCACUCUGCAUCAUCGGAUUCAUCCUGGAGAGAAACUGUAUGAAUCCACAGAAUGUAUGGCUUUUAAGUAUGGCUCAGAACUUACACAACAGCAAGAAACCCAUACUGGUGAAAAACUCUGUAAAUGUAAGGAGUGUGGGAAGGCCUUUCAUCAUUUUUCCUAUCUUGUUAAACAUCAGAGAAUUCAUACUGGGGAAAUGCCCUGUGCAUGUAAAGAAUAUAGAAUAGCUUUUAUUUCUGGCUCACAUCUUAUUCAACACCAGAAAUUGUAUACAGAUGAGAGACCUCAUGAGUGUCAGGAAUCCGUGAAGGCCUUUAGACCAUCUGCACACCUUACUCAACAUCAGAGAAUUCAUACUGGUGACAAACCUUAUGAAUGUAAAGAAUGUGGGAAAUCUUUUACUUCUGGCUCAGCACUAAUUCGACAUCAGCGAAUUCACACUGGUGAGAAACCCUAUGACUGUAAGGAAUGUGGAAAAUCUUUUACUUUUCACUCAGCACUAAUUCGACAUAAGCGAAUUCACACUGGUGAGAAACCCUAUGAUUGUAAGGAAUGUGGGAAAUCUUUUAGUUUUCACUCAGGGUUAAUUGGACACCAGGCAAUUCACACUGGUGAGAAACCCUAUGAUUGUAAAGAAUGUGGAAAAUCUUUUACUGCUGGCUCAACGCUAAUUCAACAUCAGCGAAUUCACACUGGUGAGAAACCCUACGAUUGUAAGGGAUGUGGGAAAUGUUUUGCUUCGGGCUCAGCACUACUUCAACAUCAGCGAAUUCACACUGGUGAGAAACCCUAUCGUUGUAAGGAAUGUGGAAAAUCUUUUACUUUUCGCUCAACACGCAAUCGACACCAGCGAAUUCACACUGGUGAGAAACCCUAUAAUUGUAAAGAAUGUGGAAAAUCUUUUGCUUCUGGCUCAGCACUACUUCAACAUCAGCGAAUUCACACUGGUGAGAAACCCUAUCAUUGUAAGGAAUGUGGAAAAUCUUUUACUUUUCGCUCAGGGCUAAUUGGACAUCAGGCAGUUCACACUGGUGAGAAACCCCAUGAUUGUAAAGAAUGUGGAAAAUCUUUUACUUCUCGCUCAGCGCUAAUUCAACAUCAGCGAAUUCACACUGGUGAGAAACCCUAUCACUGCAAGGAAUGUGGAAAAUCUUUUACUGUAGGCUCAACACUAAUUCAACAUCAGCAAAUUCACACUGGUGAGAAACCUUAUGAUUGUAAGGAAUGUGGGAAGGCCUUUAGACUUCGCUUACGACUUACUCAACAUCAACAAAUCCAUACUGGUGAGAAACCUUAUCAAUGUCAGGAAUGUGGGAAAGCCUUUAUCAGUGUCUCAGGACUCACCCAACAUCACAGAAUUCACACUGGUGAGAAACCCUAUGAAUGUCCAGACUGUGGGAAGGCCUUUAGACAGCGUACAUACCUUAAUCAACAUCGGAGAAUUCAUACUGGUGAGAAACCUUAUGAAUGUAAAGAAUGUGGGAAAUCUUUUACUUUCUGCUCAGGACUAAUUCAACAUCAGCAAAAUCACACUGGUGAGAAACCCUAUGAUUGUAAGGAAUGUGGGAAAUCUUUUACUUCUGACUCAACACUAAUUCAACAUCAGCAAAUUCACACUGGUGAGAAACCCUAUGAUUGUAAGGAAUGUGGAAAAUCUUUUACUUCUCACUCAACACUAAUUCAACAUCAGCAAAUACACGCUGGUGAGAAGCUCUAUGAUUGUAAGGAAUGUGGGAAAUCUUUUACUUCUCAUUCAACACUAAUUCAACAUCAGCCAAUUCACACUGGUGAGAAACCUUAUCAUUGCAAGGAAUGUGGGAAAUCUUUUACUCUUCGCUCAGCACUAAUUCAACAUCGGCCAGUUCACACUGGUGAGAAACGCUACAGUUGUAAAGAAUGUGGGAAAUCUUUUACUUCUCGCUCAACACUAAUUGAACAUCAGCGAAUUCACACUGGUGAGAGACCCUAUCAUUGUAAGGAAUGUGGAAAAUCUUUUGCUUUUCGCUCAGCAAUAAUUCAGCAUCGGCGAAUUCACACUGGUGAGAAACCCUAUGAUUGUAAGGAAUGUGGCAAGGCCUUUAGACGUCGUUCAAAACUUACUCAACAUCAACGAAUCCAUACUGGUGAGAAACCUUAUCAAUGUCAUGAAUGUGGAAAAGCCUUUGUCCGUUUCUCAGGACUCACCAAACAUCACAGUAUUCACACUGGCGAGAAACCCUAUGAAUGUAAGACAUGUGGGAAGGCCUUUAAACAGCUUACACAGCUUACUCAACAUCGGAGAAUUCAUGACCUAACAUAA